GUUCAUUAUUCAAGUGGGGCUCUUUUUGUGCCAUAAUUUCUGUAUAUAAAGGGUCCAGUACAUUUCAACAAUUCAAUUAACAAUGUGUGCAUAUUGAAGUAGAGGGAAAUUGGAUUUCUCACACAAUAUAACACACAAAAUAGAAAUAUGUCCAUGGUGUUAACCUAUUCUUGCAUCAUUUCUUUGCUGUUGGAAUUAGGUAAUGUGGGAUUUAAGUGGUGCUUUCGUCUCUAUGGGGCCUUUUUCAGCAGAACCCUCAUGUGACCCGCUGGAUCCGUUUACCACAAGCUUCACACUGUGUGAAGGCUCAUAUUUGGGACCCUUUACCCUGCGUACUCUUCAUAUAAAGCUGUUAAAUCGAAAGAUGUGAGAGAAUAUGUAAAAUGGAUGAUGUAUUGGAUUAUAUUUGCACUGUUCACUACAGCUGAGGUGAUCACAGAUAUAUUUUUGUGCUGGCUUCCGUUCUACUAUGAGCUCAAAAUUGCCUUUGUGGUGUGGUUACUUUCACCGUACACAAAGGGAUCCAGUGUGCUUUAUAGGAAAUUUGUCCACCCCACAUUGUCCUCUAAAGAAAAGGACAUUGAUGAAUACCUGUGCCAAGCAAAGGACAAAAGUUACGACACUCUGGUGCAUUUUGGAAGAAAAGGCCUGAAUGUGGCUGCCACAGCUGCAGUGAUGGCUGCUACCAAGGGUCAGGGGGUGCUAUCGGAUCGGCUGCGGAGUUUCAGCAUGCAGGACCUGUCCUCCUUGCAGUCGGAAGAUCAGGCAAGAAGCCCUGCUUCAGUCACCACUCAGCAAGCAUCCGGCCAGCAGCACAGAACACGGGCCAUGAUGCGCAGCAAAUCAGAGACUGGCUACAGCAAGGGCCAAGAAUUUGACAUGACUGAGUUUGAACUGUUGAGUUUGGAAAAGCGCAGUGCUCCUGAGCCUCCUUGUCCUCUGACCCCCAAACCCACUCCUACUUCAUCGUCGCCUUUCACGAUCCCAAGCCAGCCUCUUGAACCCCCAGAGCCCUUCCAGGAUGAGCCCACGCAACCUCCACCCAUGGCCCCAGAGGUGACAGAGGACAAUGGGACAGAGGAGGGCUUUCCAGCCAAUUCAGCCCAACUCAGACUGCUUAAAAGGCGUGCCCCAGAGCCUCCUCCUAGAGUCUUAAGACCUGUCACCAGAUCCAGAUCAAAGAACGCCCUAUCUCCAAACCCUGAGGCCAUGUGACUGUGCGUACGCUGCGAGACUGCUUUAGCUGCCUUAGCUGCAACAUGAGGACAUGGAACAAAAGAGGAGACAGAUGGGGGGAAAUAAAAUGCUUGGGAACGCAGCCAAAAAGAUCAAAUAUUUAAAGCAGCCUCGUUCUCGAACGAGGUAACCAAAGCGAUGUGCAACCUUUUCGCUUCUGAUCUUUGACACUGGAGGGGGGGAGGGUGUGCUGAGGUAACUUGUGUAUGCAGCACCAUUCAAAGACUCAAACACUUCUGAACCUUUUUUUGUGUUGUACAUAUUUACCAUACGUGAGAGUGUUUUCUUUCAUUCAUAUAACUUUGGGAGAGACAGAAGCAUGCAUGUCCCUCUGUCGGUCUGUCAUGAAAACAACACCAGAAUGUAUUGUCUGUCAGCAUCUAAAAGUUGUACAGUAGCCAGUAUGGUCACCCAUGGAGGCGCGGCCCUCUCCAUGUCUUUAAGGGCUACUCUCCAUUGGGUUUUCUAACACUCUCUACUUACCCUCUUGUCAAGAGCACAAGUGGGUAAUCACAGUGUAUUGCAAACUUUAGUGCACAAGUUCAGGUGAGGUUGUGGCUUUUUUUCUUUUCUUCAUUUGGAGAAAUCUCUGUUGAGAUGUAGCAAGGCCUCAGAGCAAAACAAACCAUCAACAAACUCAAAUGUUUGUUUACCAAGAGUGACUUUUAUAUGCAGGCUUGUAAUUUCACCAAAAAAAAAAA